AUGGGAACAAGGAUGGAGGUGAAACAGCUUGAGAGUAGACUGAACACUGAGGACUACAGAAAACUACAGGACCUUUUCAUGGACCCCUCGGGUGAACCUCGCUCCCUGUCCAGGGCUGAAUUCAUCCACCUGGGUCAGUCAUCAGUCGGCCGUGGCUCUGAGGAAGAGUACGGCCUCCUCUUUGACAGUGUGGCCCUCACUCAGGAGACCUGCGGCCUCCUUCUGGAUAUAGACAGUGUGAAGGAAGAAGGGCGUAUAGACUGGACAGGCCUCUGCUCCUUCCUGCUUGUGGAGCUUUCUGACAAAGUGAAAAACAGCAGGACCAGCAGUAGGCCCUGCUGGAUGCCAGCACGCACUCUAACCUGUCCACACCGAGACCCUGUUCAAAAGGUGCUGUUCCUGCAGAGUUCAGGUCAGUAUGUGACCGUGAGCAGAGGAGGAACCGUGGGGCUGAGGGACGUAGAGGACAUGUCCCUUCUGCACACUCAUCGACUACAGAACAGCACAGUAGCACCCAAGGACCUCUGGGUCACUGAUAUGGUGAUCCUGCACAACUUAAGCAAGAUAGCGGUGUCGUUCACCAGUAAGGAGGUGUAUUUCUACGAUAUAACAUCUCAACAAGACUUCAGCUGCAGAUACAAACUCCAGGGUCUCAAAUUUACUCCCUGGUGUCUCGACUAUUGGACGGAUCCCUCACAGCCGGACCAAGCCGUCCUCACCGUAGGAGACAUUGGAGGACAGGUCAGUGGUAUAUGCUUUAACUCAGCUCAGAUCUCUCUGUUCGAGAGAUACAGUCUGAGGACGGACUUCGAUUCAGCAGACAUCAUCCUGUGGGACGAGCUGGUCAGAGGAAAGCAUCGCUCCUGUUACACCGUGACUCACCGAGCACACUCUCCUGCCUGGGUUAGGAAAGUGACUUACCUCAGCUGCCUGGAGGCCUUUGUGUCGUGCAGCACGAGGCCGCAGAGCAGCGUGGUGAUCGGUUGGAGGGAGAAGGAAACCAGGAGUCUACGAGUCACUUCUUUUUCUACAAAGAGAGGCGUGUGGGACAUGGAUCACCACAGCGGACUCAAUAUGAUCGCCACAGCAGGAGUGGAUGAUCGGGUCUUGCUGUGGAAUCCCUUUGUGCCCUCCAAGCCAGUUUGUGCACUCAGAGGUCACACCAGUCCGGUCAUCGCUGUUCGGUUCAUGCAGACCAAACAACAACUGCUCAGCUACUGCAAAGAUAAGGUUCUGUGUCUUUGGGAUGUUUCCAGUCAGUUGUGCAUUCACCGUCUGGUUGGUGUCUUCCCGAAGACGCAGGAGGACACGUACACCCUCCUUUUCCUUCAUGAGGAGCAACAGCGCCUCCUGCUAUCCUUCAACAGUCAGCUCCUCCUGCUGGAGACCCUAAAAGGGGAGAAGAGGAGCAGCAGCCAUCAACACCCUGUGACCUGUGUGCUCUAUAAUAGUCUGUUCAGACAGGUUGUCAGUAGUGACUCUGCCUCCUCUGUGAUCUGCUGGCUGGUUGAAACAGGCCAAAAGGUGAAGCACUUCCAUCACUGCCAUGGCGACUCUGAGAUCUCCACCAUGGCCCUGGAUGGCACGCAGACCCGGCUGUUUACAGCAGGCACCGAUGGAGAGGUCAAAGUUUGGGACUUUAAUGGCCGCUGCCUCCACAGAAUGAGUGCUGGCUUGGGUCUGGCUGUGAGGAUCUCACAGAUCGUUCUGCUGAAGAGAAGUAUACUGGUGAUGGGCUGGGAAAGGAUGUUAACAGUCUUCCGUCUGCAGUCCUUCUCGCAGUCUUUUGUCGAGCCUUCAGAGUGGCAAGGGGGCGUUCAGCAUCGUGGCAAUGUGCUCUGUGCCGCGUUCCAGCCUCCACAGACUCUGGUCACAGGAAGUUAUGAUGGUGAGAUCACAGUGUGGAACAGCAGCACUGAAACAGCUCUGAGGAAACUACAUCCACACAGUGAAGGUUCUCAUCUUGGUGUGAACAAAGAGGACUGCGAUGACUCCCUCGCCAUCACUCAGUUGGUCUUUAUACCAGGACGCACGGCUGCAGCUACAGGUGGUGCAGACUUGGUAUCCUGUGGAGGUUCAGGAGAGGUCAGACUCUGGAGCACCACCCACAGCUGUCUGGUGGGGCAGUUCACCGUUCAGGACAAAGACCUGGGCUCUAUUGUUAUGACUGUGAGCCCCUGUGGAAAAUAUUUAGUCACAGGUGAUUCUAAGGGGACGCUUAAGACAUGGGACAUACAGCAUUACUGCCUGAUACCAGAUGAUUCAACAACCACAGAACCUCCAGAACUGCUGUGCAGUGUCCGACCACACCUUGACCAUGUGACUCACCUGGACAUCUGCACCCACGGUGACAGGCUCGUCCUUCUCUCAGCAUCAGCAGACUGCAGCGUUGCUCUCAGCCACUUACCUGGAGACUCCGUUGGUCUGUUUGGACAGGACCUCAGGCUGGGUCAAUGGUUCACCUUUCAACACGACAGUGACCCUAAGCGCACAGCCAAGACAACACAGGAGAGGCUUAAGGACGACUCUGUGAAUGUGCUGGAGUUGCCCAGCCAGAGCCCUGAGCUGAACCCCAUUGAACGUCUCCAGAGAGACCUGAAAAUGGCCAUCCACCGACGGUCCCCGUCCAUCCUGACUGAGCUCGAGUUAUAG